AUGGCUGAAAACGAAAAUAAUUCAUCUUUAAGACGAUAUAAUAAUAAUAAUUUAAUUAAUAAUGAUCAUAUUGAUGAAGAAAAUAAUCGAACAAAUUCUAAUCAUGAACAACUUAUACCUAUAUCAAUUGAAUAUUUAUCAACACCAGUAACUAUAUCAAAUAAACGUCGUCGUUGUUCAAUGACUAAUGAACAAUCUUUAUCAACACAAUUAUAUUCAAAUAAUCAAGAUUUUAUUUAUGAUAGAAAUUUUAAUUUAACAUCAACAAUAGGAACUCGAAAACGAUCAGCACAAGAUGAUCUAGUCACUUUUACAACACAUCAAUUUCUUCAUGAACAGGAACCAUUUACAUAUAAACGAGCUCGAUAUGAAAAUUCAAAUAAUAAUAAUAAUAAUAAGAUUGAAUUAGAAAAUCAACCACCACAUUUAACUAAUAAACGUCGAUCUUUAUUCUUUCAUCAACAACAACAACAACAACAACCAAUAGAAGAUAAUUUAUUAUCAACAUGGAAUAAUCAUCAAACAACAAAUGAUAUAUCAUUAUUUUUUAAUAAUAUUCCUUCAUCAUUAUUACAUCCAACAACAUAUCAUCGAACAAAUAGUAUACCUAAUCAUGAACAUAAUUUAUCUAAUCAAUAUUCAUCAUUAUUAACUGAACAACAACAACAUUCAUCUAUAUUUCCUAAUUCAUUAAUAACAUCAAAUCAAAAAAGUACUAUAUCAAAAUCUUCAAAAACAAAUAUACGUUUAAAUAGUUCUAGUCCAUUACGUACAACAAAUUUUUUAUUUGAUAAUAAACAACAAACAAUUAUACGAACAGGAAAUAUAUCACCAGCACAUUCGGAUUCAUCAACUGAAUCAACAUCAACAUGUUCAUCUGAUGAACAAUUACAUCAACAACAACAACAACAACAACAACAUCAUCAUCAUCAUUAUCAUUUAUUUCAACAACAACCAUGGCGUUCAUAUCGUGAACGUGAAAAUUAUGAACAAUUAUUAGAUUUAGCAGAAAAAUUAUCUGAUCCAAAUCGUUUUAAUAAAGUUGAUAUACAACAAUUUUUUUCUUAUCGUUAUAAAAUACCAAUAAUAACAUCAACAAUAUUAUCAAAACAAACAGCAUGUGUUAUUUGUAUGUCACAUUUUAAAAAUGGACAACAUAUUCGUGUACUUCCAUGUCAACAUGAAUAUCAUUCAAAAUGUAUUGCACGUUGGUUUGCAAUGAAUUCAUCAUGUCCUAUUUGUCGUCGAGAUAAUUUUCUAUCGACUUGCUAA